CUCUUUGCUGUGUGUGUGUGCGCGUGUCUAGCUCUCGCUCUUUCCUUCAGUCUGUGCCUCUGUGUGUGUGUGUGAGUGUGUGUGUGUGACAGAGGGAGAGAGAGCGCGAGAGGAGAGAGAGAGCGAGAAAGAGAGAGAGAGAGAGCAAGAGAGCGAGCUGUGAGCUGUGCUGCCGCCGCCGCUGCCCUUUGAUCCCGACAUUAGUGUUAGGGGCUCGGAGACACAGCGCGGCCAUAGGCGCCGCCGCAGCGGCACUCAUUUAUUUAUACCUCCCAUCACACACGCGAGCACAGGGCAUGCACACACACUCACACCUAUUAGAUCUGUUUCCAUUGAAGAAUAUUACGCUCGGGGACAAGCCAGGUGCACGACCAAAAAAUUAAAAAAAAAAAAAAAAAAGGGAAAAGAAAAAAAAAAAAAAAAAGAAAGGAAAGAAAAGAAGAAAACCCCUCUUCUGGCUCCAGGAAACAAGCUUCAACCCAUUGCACACACCGGAGAGAAGGGGUUUCCCCCUGCCCGCCCGCCCGCCCCCCAACUACCUCCCCGCUCCUGCCAGUGUCUGCCUCUCUGCCCCCACGGGGGUUUAUUUGAUCUCACAUUAACCAAGGAGGAGAAUGUGAGAAAAGGGGGAAAAUGCCCAGGAGGAAGCAGGAGCAGCCCAAGCGCCUUCCCUCACAUGUUAGUAGGCAGGACGAGGCGGAGGGAGAACUCAGUGAAGGAGAGCACUGGUAUGGGAACUCUUCGGAGACGCCGUCGGAAGCCUCCUAUGGAGAAGUGCAGGAGAACUAUAAGCUGUGCCUGGAGGACCGGAUGCAAGAGCAGUCCACGUCCCCCGACACCUCCUUGGGAAGCGCGACCCCCAGCAGCCACACGUUGGAGCUGGUGGCACUCGACGGGGAGGUCCUGCGAGACCCACUGCAGUGCGCGGAUCACCUCUCCCCCGGCGUGUCUUCUCUGUGUGACGAGGACCACCCAGGCUCCACCAAGCCCCUGAGCAGCAACUUGAGGCGGCUGCUGGAAGCCGGCUCCCUCAAACUGGACGCCGCGGCCACGGCCAACGGCAGGGUGGAGUCCCCGGUCAGCGCGGGCGCCAAUCUCUCCUUUUCCCCGCCGUCCCACCACGCCCAGCAGCUCAGCGUGCUGGCCAGGAAGCUGGCCGAGAAGCAGGAACAGAAUGACCAAUACCCUCCAAGUAACCGUUUCCUAUGGAAUCAAGGUAAGUGGUUGCCAAACUCAACCACCACCUGCGGCUUGUCCCCGGAUUCCGCCAUCCUCAAACUGAAAGCUGCAGCCAAUGCCGUCCUGCAGGACAAGUCGCUGACCAGGACGGAGGAGACCGUGCGAUUUGAGUCCUUUUCCCCCCCUUUCAGCUCCCAGUCUGCCAGCUCCACCUUGGCAGCUUUAUCCAAGAAAGUCAGCGAGAGAAGCUUGACUCCUGGCCAGGAGCACCCGCCCCCGGCCAGCUCUUUCCUUUCCCUGGCUUCCAUGACCUCCUCGGCGGCCCUUCUGAAAGAGGUCGCCGCGAGGGCUGCCGGGACCCUUCUGGCUGAGAAAUCGUCACUGGUGCCUGAGGACCCUCUACCGCCACCGCCUUCGGAGAAGAAGCAAGAGAAAGUAACCCCGCCGCCUCCGCCGCCGCCUCCGCCGCCUCCACCACCGCCACAGUCCUUGGAAUUACUGUUGCUCCCCGUUCCCAAGGGAAGAGUCUCUAAGCCCUCCAACUCAGCCUCAGAAGAGGAAAGCGGCAAGCCUUUCCAGUGUCCCAUAUGUGGUCUGGUUAUAAAAAGGAAGAGUUACUGGAAGCGGCACAUGGUGAUUCACACAGGUUUAAAAAGUCAUCAGUGUCCGCUCUGUCCGUUCCGAUGUGCUCGCAAGGACAAUCUCAAAUCCCACAUGAAGGUUCAUCAGCACCAGGACCGGGGAGAGACCUUUCAGUGCCAGCUCUGCCCGUUCACUUCCUCCCGCCACUUCAGCCUGAAGCUCCACAUGCGUUGCCAUCAGCACUUCCUGAGGACAGAAGCCAAGGUGAAGGAGGAGCUCCCAGACCCCGAGGUCAAGGGGCCUCCCCACCUCAGUGACAGUGCCUGCCUGGGGCAGCAAAGGGAAGGAGGAGGGACAGAGCUAGUGGGGACCAUGAUGAAGUCCAGCACUCCAGAGAGGACUAGCCAGGGUGGGGCUGGCGUCUCGCCUUUGCUGGUGAAGGAGGAGCCCAAGGAAGAUAACGGCCUGCCAACCUCCUUUCCUCUGAAUGCUACCGACAGGCCAGCCAACCACACAAAGCUGAGAGAGCCCUCCGAGUUCGCGGCCAACAGUGCGUCCGCAUUGUUCAGCCAGGACAUCUCUGUUAAGAUGGCGUCUGAUUUUCUCAUGAAGUUGUCAGCUGCAAAUCAGAAGGAGCCCAUGAAUCUCAAUUUUAAAGUGAAAGAGGAGCCUAAGGAAGAGGAGGCCCUAAGCGUCACAUUGCCUCGGUCCAGCUAUGUGUUCAGCCCCGAGUCGGAAGUGUCAGCCCCGAGCAUCUCUGAGGACACGCUUAAGCCCCAGGAAGCAAAGGGCAACGUACUGAGACGGGAUAUGUCGGUCAAAGCAGCAUCUGAACUUCUCAUGAAACUAUCAGCGGAAAGCUACAAGGACACUCAGAUGGUGAAGAUUAAAGAGGAACCUAUGGAGGUUGACAUCCAGGACUCGCAGGUCUCCAUCUCACCCAGCUGCAACGUUGGCUACAGCACUUUAAUUGGGCGAGAGAAAACGGAACCCUUGCAGAAGCUGCCAGAAGGCAGAGUGCCCCCAGAGAGAAACCUAUUCAGCCAGGACAUCUCCGUGAAGAUGGCUUCCGAGCUGCUUUUUCAACUGUCAGAGAAGGUGAGCAAAGAGCACACUCAGAAAGAAAACACCCUCCGGACGACCACCAGCCCUUUCUUUUCAGAAGAUACCUUUAGACAAUCACCAUUCACCUCCAAUUCAAAAGACCUGCUGUCCAGUGAAUCUGUGCUUCACGGAAGAAUAUCAGCUCCAGAAACAGAAAAGAUAGUCCUCGAGGCAGGAAACGGGUUGCCCUCCUGGAAGUUCAACGACCAGCUCUUCCCCUGCGACGUGUGUGGGAAAGUAUUUGGCCGACAGCAGACGUUGUCCCGACACCUGUCUCUGCACACAGAGGAAAGAAAAUACAAAUGCCACUUGUGUCCCUAUGCUGCUAAGUGCCGUGCAAACCUGAACCAGCACCUGACCGUCCACUCGGUGAAGCUGGUGAGCACGGACGCCGAGGACAUCGUCAGCGCCGUCACCUCCGAAGGCAGUGAUGGGAAGAAGCACCCUUAUUAUUACAGCUGUCACGUGUGUGGAUUUGAGACGGAGCUCAACGUCCAGUUUGUCAGCCACAUGUCGCUCCACGUGGACAAGGAGCAGUGGAUGUUCUCCAUCUGCUGCACGGCCUGCGACUUUGUCACCAUGGAGGAGGCGGAGAUAAAGGCGCACAUCAGCAGCAAGCACACAGGGGAAGACAGGAAGACCCCCAGUGAAUCAAAUAGCCCUUCUUCCUCAUCCCUCUCAGCUCUGAGUGAUUCAGCCAACAGCAAGGACGAUUCAGACAGCUCUCAGAAGAACAAGAGUGGGAACAACCUGCUGGUCAUCUCUGUCAUGCCUGGGAGCCAGCCCUCCCUGAAUAGUGAAGAAAAGCCAGAGAAAGGGUUCGAAUGCGUGUUUUGCAACUUUGUCUGCAAGACGAAGAACAUGUUUGAGCGCCACCUGCAGAUCCACCUCAUCACCCGGAUGUUUGAGUGCGACGUGUGCCACAAGUUCAUGAAGACCCCCGAACAGCUGCUGGAGCAUAAGAAAUGCCACACUGUCCCCACCGGUGGGCUGAACUCAGGACAGUGGUGCCCAUUCUGCAUUUAUUCCACCAACCGCCCUGCCGCCAUGGAGUGCCACGUGAAGACCCACUACAAGAUGGAGUACAAGUGCCGGAUCUGCCAGACGGUGAAGGCCAACCAGCUGGAGCUGGAGACGCACACCCGCGCGCAUCGCCUGGGCAACCACUACAAGUGCGACCAGUGCGGCUACCUGUCCAAGACCGCCAACAAGCUCAUCGAGCACGUGCGCGUGCACACCGGGGAGCGGCCCUUCCACUGUGACCAGUGCAGCUACAGCUGCAAACGCAAGGACAAUCUCAACCUGCACAAGAAGCUGAAGCACGCCCCGCGCCAGACCUUCAGCUGCGAAGAGUGCCUGUUCAAGACCACUCAUCCCUUCGUCUUCAGCCGCCACGUCAAGAAGCAUCAGAGCGCGGACAGCCCCGAGGAGGACAAGAAGGGCCCGGGCCCGGCCUCCCAGGAAGCCGGCGGCCCCGGGGCCCCGCUGCUGGUGGUCGGGAGCGCCCGCCACCUGCUGUCUCCGCUGUCGGUCAUGUCCGCCUCGCAGGCCCUGCAGACCGUGGCCCUGUCGGCCGCCCACGGCGGAGGCGGCGGCGGCUCUGAGCCCAACCUGGCACUCAAGGCCAUGCCCUUGAACGGCUCCCCUCUGCGCUUUGACAAGUACCGGAACUCGGACUUCGCCCAUCUCAUUCCCUUGACGAUGUUAUACCCUAAGAACCAGUUGGAUCUCACAUUCCACCCUCCCCGACCUCAGACUGCGCCGCCCAGCAUCCCCUCGCCCAAACACUCCUUCCUCGCCUAUCUGGGACUGAGAGAGAGAGCCGAGACUGUCUGAGGGCAGCCGGGCUCCGUACCAAAAACCAAGAGACAGAGACAAACAAAAACAGACAAAACCCAUGAAACUUAAAACACAACCCCAGCAGGUGUACAUUGCUGCAAAAACCUACAGACCCGCCCGGGUCUGAACCACCUGUACUGUAUAUCUUUAGUAAGGAAUAGAGAAUUGGCUCUGUGUGUAUACCUAUUGCAUUGACCUGAAAGCUGCUUUAUCCAAUCUUCAGAGAGGUGACCUACUACAUCGUCUACCUUCAGAGGCAUGCCUCCCCAGCCACCCACUCCCACUCUCGGCCCUUCUCCUUACUUUGAAAGGAAACCUGUCUUGUUAAACCCUAAAGAGAGUGUCCUUAAUAGCAGUCAGCACUUGUAAGCUUCCAUACCGGUGCAUUUUGUUUUCUGUUGGGCGAAUGGGGCAUGUGGGCGUUUGUGGAUUCGGAAAGAGACAGCCGUGUGUCGCGUGCCAUGACAUUUGCACCUUCUUUGUACUGGCUUCUUUCACAGCGAUGAACGUUGUUUGCCCUCCUGGGUGGUUCAUGCGCUGCAGUCGCUCCCGGAGCUCCUUCAUCACCUUUCCCCUCUCUAUUUUGUGGCUGCAGAGUGGUAGGGCCUGGUGCUUACUCGAUGAAGGAAUGGUAGACAGCUCAGUGCUGCCUGCGAUUUCGCCAGAGUCCUGGAGAUCUUGUGCUCGCAUCUCUGGUUAUGAAGAGAGCAAUCGAGAGCCCCUACCUGGAAGAAAUAGCUUGCAGCACUGCAGCCAACAUCACAAAACUCAAGUGUGAUUUGUGUGUGUGCCCAUACGUAUACAAUGUGUAUGGUACACACACAGUGCAUCAUUUUUUAAGGGCAGAUUAAAUAUAUAUAUAUGUGUGAUGUAUUAAGUCAGUGGUUACCAUUUGUUUGCAGGAAAAGAAAAAAAAAAUGUAUGAGUGAAAAUUUUUAUGGUUGAUAAAUCCAGCCAAGGAGAUUAAAAGGGGUUUGGAUAGAUUCUGGGUAUAAAUGCUCAGACUAAAAAAAAAAAAAAAGAAACGGCAGUUUUGCACAGUGCUUUGGUCUUGCACUAGUUUUUGUUUCUCAUCUGCAAAAAAAGUAAACUAAAAGGAAGAAAAUGUACCUUUUUUAUGGAAUGAGUAGACUGUAUGUUUGAAACUUCUGUCAUAACCUCUUUGACAUAUAACAACCCAACAAAAAGGUGCUGUUUAGUCCUACCAUUCAGUUUAUGCCCCUGAGACGUUUCCAUUGUGUUUGCAAAUUGUCUGGCUAUAGCGGUGUUCUCCAUGUUAUUAGUAAUUCUGUAUUCCAUUUUGUUAACGCCUGGUAGAUAUAACCUGCUAGGAGGCUAACUUUAUACUUAUUUAAAGCUCUUCUUUUGUGGUCAUUAAAAUGGCAACUUAUGUGCAGCACUUUAUUGCAGCAAGAAGCAGGUGUGGAUUGGUUGUACAACCCCUCACUAUUCUUAAAAAGUCAGGGGUGAUGUAAAAAGAAGGAAAGAAUCUUUGGCGAAACAUGUUAAUGGCUUGUAUUUUUAAGACAACAGAAUUUCCAGUAUGAAACAGGCUAAAAGAGCAGGAAGAAAUGUGCUUUGUAUGAUAAUGGGAAGUUUGGAAUAUAAAAGUUUAUAUAUUAUUUAUCUGUUGAAGAACCGGUGUACAGGAGGAAUGCUUUCUUACUGCAUUGCUGUUUUCCAUCAUGUGUUACCCUAGAGGUGGGGAUUUUUUUUUUUUUUCCCCCAUCUGUUUCAUCCGGAGGGAAAUAAAAGCAUCCGGAAUUUUCUUCCUCUAGUGGGUUUGCUUCACCGAAAGCUCCCCCUUGUACAGUUCUACAGGAAGCCGGAAGUCUGUACCUCUGUCCACACCACGGUCCUGCCCACACCCACCCUUCCUCCCCCAGACCCAGCAGGUAUGCUGCGCUUCCCUUGCCAGUCAUCCAGCCCUGGCAAACCUGUUUACACUACGGAGUUGUCCCCGGGGGGCAGGGAGGCUGAGCCAGCGAGGGCGGGAAGCUCCCGCACCCUGGGUCCCUCUCCAGCAGAGAUGUCUGUUCCUGGCCACGUUUGACAUGUCACACACCGUCGCCUCGGCCAGACAUGGCAUACAGUGCCUCGGGCAAAGGCGCUAUAGACAGGUAUGGGCAACACACUCCAAGAAUACUGGGCUUGUGGGUGGGUUGGUGUUUUUUUCAAGUCACGUCUUUACCCCCAUGUAAUGGAGAAUGUGCCACUUGGCUAAUCACGUGCUUUUCACAAUUACAAGUUCAGUGAUGACAGGAGGGAGGGCCAUGGGGACCCACAGAGGCUGGCAGGAGGGCGAGCCCCACGUGAGCCACGGCAGGUUAAAAACCUGAAGGGUGGCCCUGACGGGACGGCGGACUUCACAGCGUGCCACUUGUGCAAUACGAGGUCCUAGGGUAAAACUUUCAAGAUCAAGAGGGGUGUUGGAAGGAGACAGUUACCGCUCAGAUGUGUGCCACUGAACUUGUAUUUGAAUGACUUAGUGAUGCUUAAUGUAAUUGGGCAACUUUUUUAGCACUUUGGAAAGAGUCAUCAAUCUUUCUGGUAAAUUAUAAAAGUUUUCUGAGUGAGAAAAGGUGUGUUUGGAGUUUGUUUGACUUUUUAUAUUAUUAUUAUUGUUAUUAAUAAAGAAAAAUCUACAGCAUUUUUCAGAUUCCACUGAGGUAAUACAUACCCCUGAAUUUGGUUUGCAGUUUGAUACUCAGGGAAGGAUGUAUUCCAUAGAUAUCCUUUCCGCGUAAAACACUAAUGUCUUUGAGAUAGUCACCUGCCAACUAACUUUGAUUCUGUUUUCACUAUGCAUUCUUCAAUGAAAGCUAGCUUAUUUUUCCAUAUAGUGAUACAGUUAGAGUUCUCUGCACUUUCUUCUCUCCUUUUUUUAACUCCUCGUAUUAUGUUCAGAUGAUCAUACUGUCAAGGUUUAUGUACAUUACUGAAAAUUUGUAUUGUAUAAAGCUUUUUGCAUUACAAGGCUGUACAGGGUCAUUUUGACAGUAACUGGUAUAUUCCUUUGCAUCUUAUGUUGCAUUGCCAAUUUCUAGUGUAUCCAGUUUGGAAGUAUAAUAUACUCUAAUUAAAAAAAAAGGUUGGCUAUA